AGAGCACCAACACCUCCCUCUCUCAUGUUGAUAAGAGAUGUGCUCCACUGAUCCUCCACCUGUCUUGAAGUGUGUUUGAGUGGAGCUGCUGGAUGGGACCAUGGGGCUCUCUCUGCUCCGUGUGCUCUCCUUAUUCUUGCUGAAUACACUCCUCUCCUGUGGACUCACUGAAUAUGCUGAGCUGACCUUUGAACCCAACUCAACCACUCUAUAUUCUGUGGAGCACGUUGAUCUCACGUGUCACAUGAGAGAAGCAAAUGUCAGUGAGUGGUAUUAUGAGUUCAAGUGGAACGACAAACCACUGGUCCCCAUCACUCCCAGUAACGUCCUCAGGAUUCCAGAGCUAACGCCCGACAGGAACGGGGAUUAUCAGUGCAUCGCUCACCACAACAGAUCAGAAGAGAGCAAACAGAGCAACAGGGCCACUCUCUCUGUGUCAGCACACAGACCCAGAGCCACAGUGAGAGCAUCCAGGACGUCCAUCCCAGUGGGCGGCUCUCUGACUCUGACCUGUUCUGUGGAGGAGUCUGCUGGUUGGAGCUACGACUGGUUCACACGUUCCCCAGACGCUGAGGAAACCGCCAUCGCAACAAAUCCUGAGCACAACUCUCUGAGCAUCUCACAGGGAGGCAGCUACUGGUGCAGGGGAAGAAGGACUCACUCAGAUUUCUUCUCAGAGAAGAGUCACGUGCAUCACAUCGACAGAACCUUGUCCAACAGAAGCUUUGUCGUGCUGCAACACAACUGGACUCAGAUAUUCAGCGGUGAGACGAUCUCUGUCCGGUGUGAGAUCCAGGGAGGAGGAGACACCCAGUGGGAAUAUGAAUGGAGGACAACAAGCUCCCACCAACCAGUCACUGGUCCAAACACAGCUCCCACACACAGUGAAUACAGGCUGGGCCCUGCCUCUGUUUUCCACAGUGGAGAGUACUGGUGUAAGGCCAGAGCGGACUGGUAUUCCUCAACAGAGUGGAGUGAGGCCUUCCAGCUGAGAGUAACACCCGAUAAACCCAGACCCAGGCUGACUGCUGAUAACACAACCAUCACAGGAAAGGGAAGCGUAGCACUGACCUGCUCUGUGGAGAACGCAGCUGAGUGGAGAUACGACUGGUUCAGAAGAACCUCAGCCUCCUCUGCAGCUCAGAUCCUAAGAUAUAAUGAAACAGAUGAUGAACUCAGCAUCUCAGAGGAAGGCAUCUACAGCUGCAGAGGACGGAGAGGAGACACAAGCUUCCUCACAGAGGACAGCAACCGAGUCUCAAUAGAGAACAGAGUUUCCCACAAGGCCUCUGUGGUCCUGCAACCUGACUGGUCUCUGGUCUUCAGUGGUGAGAGGAUCACUGUCCGGUGUGAGGUCCCUGCAGAUGAACAGACUGAGUGGGAGUAUGAAUGGACCAAUCACACAGAUGAACAGACUGAGUGGGAGUAUGAAUGGACCAAUCCCAACUCAACUACGGCUCCAACACACAAUGAACACAGGAUUGUCAAUGCGUCCUCGUCCGACAGUGGAAGCUACAGGUGUUUGGCUAAAGACAAGAAGAACUUGAAUUCCACGACCGAGUGGAGCGAUGACGUCACAUUAACAGUUUCUGAAAGACCAGCGGCUCACCUGAGUGCUGACCACAGAGCCUUUCCAGUAGGGGGCAGUGUGCUCCUGACCUGCUCCGUGGGCCCAGCAUCACCUGGAUGGAAGUAUUACUGGUUCAGAGGUGAGAAAACCUCGGAGCCCCUGACGGAUGAGGACUUCAAGUCACGUGGACAAAGUGCUAGUGCCUCACGUGAAGGACUGUACUGGUGCAGAGGAGGAAGAGGAGAUCCAGUUUACUACACCCAGUACAGUCACCCAGUCUGGAUUCAUGGAAUCGUCCACAACACAGCUGCUGUGACUCUUCAACCCAACUGGCCGAGCAGAUACAGAGGAGAAGCCUUUACCCUGUGGUGUGAGAUCCAGGGAGGAGACUCUGAGUGGGAGUAUGAAUGGACAGCAACCAGCUCACAUGCACCCCCCAACACAAAGGAGUUCAGGAUCAGUCUGGGGUCAGAUCUGAGCGGCAGCUACUGGUGUCAGGGCCGACUGAAAGGUGCACGGCAGAACUCAACAGGAUGGAGUGCUCCACUCACGUUGUCUGACGCGGAUGCACCACCACCUGUCCUCACUGUGUCUCCAUCAUGGCUGACUCCUGGAGCCUCAGGGACUCUCACCUGUGGGGGGGUUCCACAUCCCACUGCAGGAUGGAGGUUCUACUGGUACAGAGCUGACCCCAUUAGUUUGGAUCCAGUCCCCAUGUGUCCCUGGUCAUCUCGAUACACGUGGAGUGAUUUUCACACUCCUAAGUUCAGUUAUGAGCUGCUCCCAGGAAGCGACGGAGGAACUGAACAAAACUCCUUCAUCAUCCAAGGCCUGACGGAGUCAGCAGGUUAUUCAUGUCGAGCUGGAAGAGGAGACCCCGUGUUUUACACUAAGUACAGUAACACAGAGUGGGUGUGGCCUGUAGAUUCCUAUUCGUCAGUGUCUCUCACAGUGAGUCCGGACUCAGUGCAGCACUUCAUCUAUGAAAGCAUCCGUCUGACCUGCGAGGGAAACUCUGAUGAACUGAGAUUGUGGGUGUUAACUGGAGACAGAGUAGAAUUGUCAGAGUGCGAGUCUCAGGAGACAAUCACAAGCUUCACAUGGAACUUGGAAGAUCUUUUUCCUGGAGUUUACUGGUGUGGAUCUGGAUCAGAGAUCAGCAACGCAGUCAACAUCACUGCAGAUUCAGGUCGUGUUAUCCUGGAGAGCCCUGUCCGUCCUGUGACUGGGGGACAGUCCGUUACUCUCAGCUGCUCAUGGUUCAGAAGAACAAACUUCGAUUCCAACAUCUCUUUCUACAAAAAUGAUGAACUCCUCCAAAGUGAUGUCAGAAGGAAACUGGAAAUCUCAGCUGUGUCAAAGUCAGAUGAAGGUUUCUACAAGUGUGAACGUUCAGGAGUCUUCUCACCAGAGAGUUGGAUGUCAGUAACAUUGACUCCUGCAGCACCUCCCUCUGCGUCUCCUGUGCCGCUGGUCCUUGGGCUGGUUGGAGGCUUCACACUGAUUCUCCUCCUCCAGCUGCUGCUGUUGUGUUGGUGCAGGAAUUCAAAGAGAGAGAGCUGCUCUGGUUCAUUUCAUUUAAAUCAAACUCAUUCCAAACUGUUUUGGUUGGAGAUUCGAGGUCGUGUUAUCCUGGAGAGCCCUGUCCGUCCUGUGACUGGGGGACAGUCUGUUACUCUCAGCUGCUCAUGGUUCAGAAGAAAACUCGAUUCCAGUUUCUCUUUCUACAAAAAUGAUGAACUCCUCCAAAGUGAUGUCAGAGGGAAACUGGAAAUCUCAGCUGUGUCAAAGUCAGAUGAAGGUUUCUACAAGUGUGAACGUUCAGGAGUCUUCUCACCAGAGAGUUGGAUGUCAGUAACAUUGACUCCUGCAGCACCUCCCUCUGCGUCUCCUGUGCCGCUGGUCGUUGGGCUGGUUGGAGGCUUCACACUGAUUCUCCUCCUCUCGCUGCUGCUGUUGUGUUGGUGCAGGAAUUCAAAGAAUCUGUGUUGUGACAGGCUCAGCCAGUCUCUGAGAACCAAUCAGAGCUCAGACCCAACUGUCCACUACGAUGAAGUCCAGCUGCCAGUGUACUCGUCUCUUCUCCACGGUGACGACUGCAUCUAUGAAUCAAUCAGAGGAGACACGGAGGAAGGAACCCGAGGUGAUCCAGAGGAGACGUCUGACUACGUUAAUGAAAAUCCACAUUCAGCUUCAGGAGGACUAUGAAUGGUGCAUCCUCCAGAAAACAAGAGCAUGAAAAUCAACAUUCAUCCUUAAACACCUUCACAUGUUAGACUCACCAGUUUUAAAACAGCUCAUUGGAAAGAACGACUUGAUCUGGAUUGAAUUUCAGUAUAAAUGAAAAAAGAAAUGUUGUGAUAUUUGCUUUUGUGUUUACGUUCAAUAUUUCAAUUUGCUGAUAUGGGCCUUUUAAGAUAUGCUCCGAUAUGAAAAGGUUUAUUUUACAGGAUAAAUAAUGUGCAUUAUGAUUAUAUUUUACAUUGAAAUUGUUUUUUUCUUAAUUCCAGUUCUAUAUAUUCUGUCGUAUUUGUGUUUUCUUUCAAUUUAUCUUUAUUUCCUUAUGAAUUAUUUUUUUACUUAAGUUUUAUUGGCAAUUGUAUACACAAGUGAUGUUUUUUGCUCCUUGAUAUCAGUAUCUGCAUUGGCCCCUAAAAAAAGUUUAUUCUGUAUAUUUUUGCCGCAGUCAUGCAAAAAAAGUUUGAAUACAACCUGUGAUGUUUUCCAUUCAUACGUAUAUAUAUAUAUAUAAAUAUGUCUUUGUUAUUAUUCACCAAGGACUCAAUGGAGGACGAUGUCAGAAAGGACAUCGUCAAUCUGUGUGUUAUGUUUCAUAUACAGUCUGUGUGUUAUGUUUCAUAUACAGUCUGUGUGUUAUGUUCCAUAUACAGUCUGUGGUUAUGUUCCAUAUACAGUCUGUGGUUAUGUUCCAUAUACAGUCUGUGGUUAUGUUUCAUAUACAGUCUGUUGUUAUGAUCCAUAUACAGUCUGUGGUUAUGUUCCAUAUACAGUCUGUGGUUAUGUUCCAUAUACAGUCUGUGGUUAUGUUCCAUAUACAGUCUGUGGUUAUGUUCCAUAUACAGUCUGUGGUUAUGUUCCAUAUACAGUGUGUGGUUAUGUUCCAUAUACAGUCUGUGUGUUAUGUUCCAUAUACAGUCUGUGUGUUAUGUUCCAUAUACAGUCUGUGGUUAUGAUCCAUAUACAGUCUGUGGUUAUGUUCCAUAUACAGUCUGUGGUUAUGUUCCAUAUACAGUCUGUGUGUUAUGAUCCAUAUACAGUCUGUGAUUAUGUUCCAUAUACAGUCUGUGGUUAUGUUCCAUAUACAGUCUGUGGUUAUGUUUCAUAUACAGUCUGUGUGUUAUGUUCCAUAUACAGUGUGUGGUUAUGUUCCAUAUACAGUCUGUGUGUUAUGUUCCAUAUACAGUCUGUGGUUAUGUUCCAUAUACAGUCUGUGGUUAUGUUCCAUAUACAGUCUGUGGUUAUGUUCCAUAUACAGUCUGUGUGUUAUGCUCCAUAUACAGUCUGUGGUUAUGUUCCAUAUACAGUCUGUGGUUAUGUUCCAUAUACAGUCUGUGGUUAUGCUCCAUAUACAGUCUGUGGUUAUGUUCCAUAUACAGUCUGUGGUUAUGUGUGAUUAUUUCCAUGGCUCGUAAUUCUCUGUUUGAUGAAAACACUCGUCUGCAGACAGUUUAGCUUUUUGUUUUGAAAUGUGAUGAAAUGUAACAGAUUAUAAUUCAAAUACAUAAUUUGAUAUGUUCUUUCUUUUAUCUUUAUUAAACUUUGAAAUCCCAGCUGGA